AAACACGUGCGUUUUGCAAGCACAGUGGGCCAGUGCGAUUCCCUUUCCGAAUUUCGAUGUUGCCUACAAACAGCAAUCAAUAUCGAGGACUGUAGCAGUUUCAACAGUGCUAUCCUAAUAUGGGUUGGAUAGAGUUUCCCAUCAAAGACAAGAUAAACCAGAAGUAAUUUGCUGACGUCCUGGCCCUCAAGCAGCCAGUUAGAAAGGUUUUUGUCAUCAAGUACAUCACAGAAAGUUGAGGAACUGAUGACCAAUAGCUGUGUUGACAAGAUGGGGGAUGACAGCGCCCUCCGGAAGAGCCUACUGGAGAAGAAUGAGUACUUCAAGAAGAUGGUCGAUCUCAUUCCUGCCAAGUACUACCUGGACAAAGAGACCAAGAAAGCUGGGGAAAAGUUUUACAAAAACAUCAAAGAGGAAGCUCCGCGACAAGAAUUCAAAGAUAAGUCCACCAAACUGAGCAGAAAGAAGCAACGCAUGGACCCUGAUGCCAAGCAGGAACUCAAGGUGACAGACCUCCAGGAUGCGCUGGCCCUGAAGGAGGUUGAGAGAGAAAAGAGGCGGCAGGAGAAGAUCCGGCAGGAGAGGAAGGAGGCGGAGGCAGACAAGACUGAAGAGGGAGGCAAGAAUAAUGAAGAGAGUAGCGGGGAUGAGAUGGAGGGACUUGAAGGAGGGCUUCAAGGUCUUGGAGAAAGUGACAGCAAAGAUUGGUCCUCAAGGAGGGUUGCUCAGCCCAUCAGUGUGGAGAAGAUUCAGAGUAGUGCGAGCAUCAAUGAUCUCAGGAGAAAAGUCCGGGAGAAAAUUGAGCAAAUGCGCCAACAGAGGCAUGCCAAAUCCCUGGCAGGGAAUGCCGUCAUGUCCAAGAAGGCGGCUAAGCAGGUCCAAGAGGCCGAUAAGAAAAAAAUGAGGAAGCAGGAAACUUAUCAAGCCAUUAAGGCCAGCAGGGAGCAAAAGAGGAAAGAGAGGGAAAAACAAAGGACAGUCAACGGAGGCAGGAAAGAGGAAGAGGGAGUUGAUUUGCAAGAAGGCGAAGCCGAGGUUCAAGGAACAAGUAAAGUUUCCUUCAGUAAGUUUGACUUUGAGGAGAGUAGAGAGUCCAAAAAGAGCAAGAAGAAGAAAACAAAGCGGAAAGCUGGGGAGGAGAAGCUCAGCGGGCGGGACUAUGAAGGCCUCCUCAAGAAGGUCCAGGCUAAGAAACAAAAGAUCAACGAGGUGAAGAAGAGCAAUCCGGAUGCGGCAGAGGACAUGAUCAAGCAGGAUAAAUGGCGGGCUGCGCUGGACCGCGCCGAAGGUAAGAAGGUCCGGGAUGACCCGGAGCUCCUGAAGAAGUCCAUCCGGAAGAAGAAAGAGAAGAAGAAGCACAGCGAGAAGAAGUGGACAGAGAGGAAGCAGAAGACGAAGGAACUGAUGGAUGAGAGACAGAAAAAGAGGAGAACGAACCUGAAGGGACGGAGGGACGCUCGCAAGGCCAAGAAGGUGAAGCGACUGCAGAAAAAGGGGAAAUUACUCCUCAAGGACUCGGACUAUUAGCGCAGAUUUCCACAGGGAUAGCUCAUAAGAAUCAUCUCUGUACAUGUUUUUUACAACCUAGUUGCUGUCACCACCAAUAGUGUAAGUAAGUGGUAAUGUCAGUUAGUUUAAACCCAUUAUCAUGCCACAUCCCCCUGGUGUCGUGCUUCAUGUACAGUUUGGCCGCUUCUGAACCUUUUUACUGCCAUCCUACUCUUGAAUAAGUCAGGAGGAAUACUUUUAAGAACAAAGGUUCAGUGGUCCAGUAUUUAAUAUGUGUAUUCCAUUCUCUUUGGUUUUGUUCUUCCGGUCUUUUCUGUAGUAAAGAUGUAUUGGUGUUUAGUCUGACUUGGGCUUUGUCCAAAUCAGCUGGCUGUGGCUGUAACACAUACGUCUAUGCAAAGUGGCUGUAGCCAUGAGCUAGUGGCUUUCAUUGGUGCAUGCAUUAUUUCGAGCCUCAGCCACGAGUUUUGGACACAGCCUUAGUCUGAAGGUGAGGUCAGGUCAUCUUGACCACUUGCCACUUUCAUUUUUCUCAAUCGCUGGAAGAUUAACAGAAGGAACUUUUCCACUCAAGAGAAACUUCGGAACUCACAAUCUACGCUAAUUAGUAAAGGAUCAAAAUGUUUGGAAAACCCUUUUUUUUUUUAAACUUCCACAAAUAUUUUAAUUGUGUUAUUAAGUUAAAUGUAUCUUAUGAACGGAGCACACACUUCAUCUGAAUGACAACAGCUCAGUUGAGGAUGCUCAAUUGUAUGCGUUUAUUAACUACAUUGAAAUAUUUGGUAGAUUCCACAGCAAAAAUACUUCAGGACAUACUGUUGUACAGUUCAAAAAAUAUUUUGAAAUAUUUAAGAAUGACCAUGUUGGUUCAAUUUUGCCAGUGCUAUGGUGAGUACAACGGUAAAAUAAAAUGUUUUCCUCAUCUUUCAGGACAGUACCCUCGUUUGACCUUGAAAGAAUUUUUCCUCAACUAAAAUUUUAUUCUAACAACUUAAAAGUAUUUACACUGAAAAAAUGCCUUAAAAACUGAGGGUAACACAAAAUUGGAAUUUUAACAAACGUGAAAACAUAAGCUGCAAGGAACAAUCCAGUGUUUCUAUAAUCUAUUAAGAGUCCAUAUCGUAACAGUUGUACAUGCUGCCUCGUGCCUCUCUUGAAAAUAUACCCGAAACCCUCUUCUAAAAUCUUUCGAAAAGUUUUCAUUUGAUUUUUCUUAAAUUGAAACCUGGGAUGUACCAUUUCAAACUAAUAUUGCAAUAAAAUACAAAAGUAUUUUAA